AUGAUAAGAGGCAUUUUGGAUUUCAUAAGAAGCCGUCCGGAAGGAGUGGUCGAGGAGGAGCUGUCCUCGGAGUUCCCGCAGAUGUCGAAGGCAGAUGUUGCUAAGGAGCUGAAUGCAUGUCUAAAGCGCCAGGAGAUUAGUCUGUUUAGAGAUAAGGGCGUUCUGUAUUACAAGCCGUCUCCAAUAAACGUGGAUGAUUAUGAACUUACGAUAUAUAACCUAGUGAGCCAGAGCGGAGGCGAGGGAGUUUGGCUGAAGGUGAUAAAAGACAAGACCAAUAUGCCACACAACUUGGUUGGGAAGGUCCUCAGAAGCAUGGAGAGUAAGAGGAUUAUCAAAUCUGUCAAAUGCCUCAAAAACAACAGAAAGGUGUAUGUCUUAUAUGACCAGGUUCCUUCUGAAGAAAUUACGGGAGGCACAUGGUUUCAUGACAACGAUGUAGAUGUGGAGUGUGUAGCCAGAAUUUUGGAGAUUAUUGAACUGUUUCUGGAAAAGAACCUGGCUGGUAGGGAAGAGCUCCCCAAAUAUGAAGACAAUCCAACUCUAGAGGAUAUAAUGAAUUAUGUCAGGAAUGUGAAUAUCCUGUCUAUUCCUUUAAGACUUGACGACCUAGAGACGCUGGCAGAUAUACUCGUGUUUGAUGGCAAGGUGGAGAAGCUGCACUCUGGACCAAUAGCCAGAUACAGAGCCUUUAAGCCAUAUGCUAAAUGA